AAGGCGUUUUAUCUCCCAGCGCUGCUCUCUAGACUUUUUAGAAGACAUAGUGGAAUGUGCCAGUGUACGAAGAACCAAGCAUAUAUCUGGGUCUCCAAGGCACAAAAGUUUGAAGAAGAUGCACUUCAUCAAGAACAUGCGGCAGUAUGACACCAAGAACAGCAGGAUAGUGUUAAUCUGUGCUAAACGAACACUGUGUGUGGCUUUUUCUAUCCUACCUUAUGGGGAGAGUUUACGGAUCAGUGAUCUCAAAAUGGAAGGACAGAAGCAGCGACAUCCUUCUGGGGGAGUUUCAGUCUCCACUGAGAUGGUGCUUGGACUGGAAGGCGUAGAGCUAGGUGCUGAUGGCAAGGUUGUGUCCUAUGCAAAAUUCUUGUAUCCGACCAAUGCCCUCGUUGUUCGCAAAGCUGACACCCAUAGUGUUGUCGCCUCCUGUCGAGCUAGCGCUUCACGGAGUCUUCCCGGGUCAAGGUACAAACCUGUGACAGCAAAAACAAUACCAGCAGGAACAGAUAUCGGAAGUGAAGCUGGGGAAGCUGCAGAGUAUGAUCCAAAUCUUCUGGAUGAUCCUCAGUGGCCCUGUGGAAAACAUAAACGUGUUCUCAUCUUUGCCUCUUACAUGACUACGGUCAUAGAAUACGUGAAACCCUCGGACCUUAAAAAGGAUAUGAAUGAAACCUUUAGAGAGAAGUUUCCGCAUAUCAAGUUGACACUGAGCAAAAUUAGGAGUAACUGGACUAUUUUUCUGGAUCCUCUGGCUAUUUUUGCCUUUCGGUUGCCAGACUCGCUGAUGACUAUGGACUCUAACAAGAUUCUAGGAUUAAAGAGGUUAGAUCUGGGGAGUCUUG